CCCGGACAGAGAGUAAUGGGAGUAACGUGUUAGUCUCUCCAUCUUAAUAUCGACUUUUUGUUGCGAUAUUUUCUUUUUAGAGAGAAGUAACAGAAGAGACACAGUGACGCUGUCCUUUGGAAAAAUGUUAUCGACCACAAUCAAGGCUUUUACCGACAGAGCGUAAUGUUAUGGACUGCAAUAAGUUAGCGCGCUGGCUAGCCGAAUAAUGCUAGCUAGAUACUGCCACGGCUCAGAAGAAACCAGCAAUGACUGACAGCGAUUUCUAUGGAUACACAUCUAUUAAUGUGGAUUUUUAGAGAACUGCCAAACACAGGUUCGUCUUUGAAAAGGUUCAAUCAUCCCACCGACUGUCAUGGACAACGCGAAAACACGCAGCAAUGAUGAGGAUGAAGAGCUGCACUCCACAGAUCCAGAGAGUAAAGAGAAGAGCAAAGAUAAAAAGACACUGUGCAAAGUAAAGUGGUCCCGAGAUGAGGAUGAAAAGCUGAAAAAGCUUGUCGAGCAGCAUGGAACUGACUCCUGGAAAUUAAUAGCCAACUUUUUUCCAGGGAGGACAGAUGGCCAGUGUCAGCACCGCUGGCAGAAGGUGCUCAACCCUGAGCUGGUGAAAGGACCCUGGACAAAAGAAGAGGAUCAAAAGGUUAUCGACCUGGUACACAAGUAUGGCCCCAAGCGUUGGUCGGUGAUCGCAAAGCACCUCCAGGGGAGGAUCGGAAAGCAGUGCCGUGAACGGUGGCACAAUCACCUCAACCCAGAGGUGAAAAAGUCUUCAUGGACUCAGGAGGAGGAUCGAAUCAUCUAUGAAGCCCACAAACGCCUGGGCAACCGCUGGGCAGAGAUCUCCAAGCUGCUUCCUGGACGGACAGACAACUCCAUCAAGAACCACUGGAACUCUACCAUGAGGAGGAAGGUGGAGCAUGAGGGCUACCUGCAAGAUGACUGCAAGACUUUGACUUCCUCUCAUACUGGAGCGAAAAGACGCCACCACAGGCUGUGUCCUCCAACUCCAGCAGAGCCACAGAACUGUGAUCGCAGCCCCCUGUCGAUACUGGGGCCCAACCAGAUGGGGGGAUAUCCAUAUGAUCCUCACAGUGGACAUGUGAUGGACAGUGUUCCUGAAAACUCAGGCUUCAUACUGCCAUCCUGCCUGGAUGAUCCUGACAGAGAGCAAAGAAUUAAGGAGCUUGAGCUGCUGCUUAUGUCAGCAGAGAAUGAAGUCCAGCGACAAGUGCAGUGCAGAGGUCCAUGUAGCUUGGAGCAGUAUUCAGCGUGGUCAGACAGCGUGUCAGAUGACACGUUGACCACAAGUAGCAGCAGCCUGGAGGAGCAGGCAGAGAGAAGACCCUGGACAGGACCUGAGAUUUCCCAGGGUCCUCCUGCGCCGCUUCCUGUCUCUCCCAGCAAGUUCCUGGCUGUGGAGGCCAGCACUGUGCUCUCCACCCUGCAGACCAUACCAGAGUUUGCAGAAACCAUGGAGCUCAUUGACUCUAUGUGUCUUGCUCUGCAGGACCCUGUUGCAUGGAGCGAAGUGACCAGUUUCGACCUGUCAGAGACAACGACGCCGCCCAGGCACAAUCAGGCAGGCUACACCACUCUCCUGCAAGAGAGGACGAUUGAUAAUUCAAUGGGCUACACAGUCAACACAUCGACCGCCAUUUCAGGCCGAGACAAGAACUGUGCUUCAUUUGGUCUGGGCAGUGUCACCUCCCUGACUCCCAUCAACUCAUCCAAACCCUCCCAGGGAUCCACUGGGAGGAGGAAGAGAAGAGAGAAAGGGGAACCAUCUCCUUUGUGCGACAGGACCUGCUCUUCCUUUUUGGAAAAUAACUCAAAUUCUCCCAAGAAAACGCCCACAAAGUCACUGCCAUUUACCCCGUCCCGAUUCUGCAACAUAUCAGGGGUGGAGCAUCUGAAUCUGGAUAACCCUGCCCUCACCUCGACUCCCGUGUGUGGCCAAAGGUGUCUCCUUUACACACCGGUCCACAAAGAAACCACACCUAAGCACCAGAAAGAGAAUGAUGGUUCACGGACCCCCAAGUUCCGUAAAACUGUAAUGAUUCCAACCCCAAGGACACCGACUCCUUUCAAAAAUGCUUUGGCUGCUCAGGAGAAAAUGCACGGGCCCCUGAAGAUGGAGCCGCAGCCUCUGGCAUUUCUAGAAGAAGACAUUCGAGAAGUUCUGAAGCAGGAGACUGGAGCAGACAUCUUCAACAGAGCAGACGUUCAACCAGACUACAGGGCAUGGAAACAUAAUAUGGAUGGCCCAGCUAGAAAAGUGCGCAAGUCCCUUGUGCUAGACCCUUGGGGGAAGGACUGCCUCAACGUCCAACUCUUCCAAGAGCAGCUCAACAACGCACAAGUCAUAUUGCAGGUGCCAGAGGAAAGUCUACUGACAAGCUCCUCACUGAUCACCCCUGUCCCUGAGCAAGAGGAGUGCAGCCGCCCUUUGACGUCUGCGAGAGAGGAGCCCUCACUCAUCCCUGUACAUCAACAUCGCUUUACGAGCCCACGGGUGAAGAAGCUCCCCGCCUCCCACAAAGCACCAAAACACGCCGCUGUGCAGGUGAGUGAGUGGGAAGCAGUGGUUUAUGGGAAGACGGAGGACCAGCUGAUUAUGACAGAACAGGCCCGUCAAUACCUGAACCCUUACCCGUCGUCUGGCUCUACCUCAAGGGCCCUUGUGCUUUAAAGCCGUCCCUUCGCUGCGCAGGCAACACUACUACGCCCAUCCAACAACUAAAACCUCCACUGAAUCCUGUAAGAGACAAUCCAGUGAAGACAAAUGAUUUUAUUUUUUUCUUUUGAUGCAGAAAUGCACUGCCAAGGACGUCCACAAAAAGGCAUGGCUGCUGGUUUUGUUUUUCAACACGUUUCUAGGUAACUGCCCAAGUACUUCGUUGUUUAUAGAUUUGGCCUGUACUUUCUUUUGAACACACACAACUUGGCUACGUGAGCAGUUUUGUACAGAUAUGAAGAAGGCUAGAUUUUUUUUUUUUGCACUAGUCAGUAAUGUUGAAACAACCUGCACAUACCGUAGGCUGUAGAAAUAGUGUUUAUUAUUAGCAGUGGCUGCUUCUGAGUUUUAUAUUGUUAAUAUAUUGUUUAAAUAACAAGAAAGACAUUUUAUGACGUAACGCUACUCAUUGUGUAUCUCCUCCAACUUGUUUUGCUAAACUGCCCCAUUGCUGUGACCAGAUAAAAGCCACGUACAUGCAACAUUUGUAGCUUAUUAUCAAGACCCGUGUGUUUUUAAAAUCGCACCAGGGGUUUCUAAACAGACACAUACAAUACAGAAUAUCAUUUUAACCGUCGCUUUUACAUCAGAGACACAAAAAUGAAGGUGUGUGGUUUUUCUGGGACAGCAGUGUUACAUUGCUGAAUGCUUAUCCAUGGUGAUGUGAAGUUUUUUUGCGGAUGGAAAUAGGAAGCUGUCAGUAUUGCACUACUGAGUUGAUUUUGCUGCUGAGAAAGGAGCAAUGUUUUUAAGGGCAAACUGGAUAGCACUUGUGAUGGUAUCUUUUUUUUUCUUUUUUUUUUUAACAACACGGCGUUUCCUUUCCAAGGCCAUAGUGUCCGUCGAGACAUCGGUUGAAUGUAUUUCAUUGCAAUGUACAUGUGUAAGAACCUCAAGAAUGGAAGGGUACCUUUAUGUUUAUUUCUGUUUGUUUUAUUUAUUAUCUGACAGCUCUAAAGCUUAGAUAUUAAUAUAAAUCGGAUACCAGGAGUUUUUUUUUUUUUUUUUUUUUAAGAAGUUUAACAUUGCUGACAAAACAGCCUUAAAACCCUCACUUACUCUAAAAGCAGUUCUCUCUGUAAUCCAAAAUGAAUUUCUUUGGUCAGUCGUUUCAGUGUGUCACGGCCUGUGCUGACCAGUUAUCAUAUCAUCAGUGUUCUACAACAGGCAUUUGGUCGAGAAGGAUUUACUUUUUAUGUGAAGGCUGUAGGUUUUAUUUAUUUAAUGUCUACUAAUUUAUUUAUUUCUUUAAAAAAAAAAAACAUUUAAGAGAAAUUAUUGAAGAAUUUUAUUGUCUUUUUCAAAAUCAGGAUUGGGCUACCAUUCAGUUUCAUUACUCCAAGUUAGAAGAACAUGCACUGCCACUAAUUUAAUGUUAAUUUCUUUUCCUGAACUGGCAAGAUCUAGCAAGUAAUCAUUGUGUAGUUGAAUCUGUGAUCUUGUAACAUAUAGAUAGGACAUUUUUCUUCCUUUGAUUCAAAUGUGCUCUUCGAAAUUAGGUAGCAGGACUCCAUCUCCGACCUCUAAUCAUAGACAAAUUGCACUUUUUACUCAUCAUUUAAUUUUAAAUGUUUGUUCGUUCAUUCUGAUAUUGUAGCUCUUGUCCCCUUUUUUAUUUUUGUUUUUGUGUGCGUGCGUGUGUGUGUAUGUGUGUGUGUGUGUGUGCAAGAUGGACGUCUCCCCAUUUUGUAAUGAAUGCUGACAUUAAGAUCAUGCUGCUUGGUUUUAACAAGUUCUCUUCUCCUGUUCUGCUGCAGACAAAUGUGUGUACAUAAAAAGCCUCUCAUAAAACAUUUUUAGACAGAUGGCUGUGGGCAAAAAAAAAAAAGAAGAAAAAAAAAUCACAGCUCACACAGACCAUCCUUUUACAACAAGAUCUAAAUUUGACCACUGCAGCAUCAAGUGUGUCAACAACAUUUUAUCCUGCUGAAAUGCCCUUUGGCAAGACCCCAUAUCUCUGCCACUCACUCACUAUAAAAUGUAAUGUAAAUACACACGACUUUUGGUGUGAUUCUGAAGAAAUGUACUGCUGCACUGUGCUUCCAUGUUAACAGAUUGAUUCAUUUCAUUUUUAACCAUCCUGAAACAAUAUAAUCUGGUUAAGUAACACUACAGCUAUAAAUGGUCUUUGUAUUAUCGGCAUUAAUGGAUCCAGUAUUAGUUAUAAUCUGGAUUAUCCUGCAUUAAGCAUUUGAGUGAGAAUAAGAAGGGAAUCUUGUCAGGGAGAUCAAGUGGAAAGAUCAGGAGUAUAGCACACAACUCUAAAACAGAAAGUAGACUAACAUCCACACAAGACAUUUGUAUUUCAAUCCUGUGUUUGAGAUGUGUCUAAUCUGUAUAUAUUUGUGUUACAUGUUCUUUUUUGUUGGUUUGACUUGUUGUGUUUGUACAUUCCAUUUGUUAAAGUCCAAGUUAAUAUGUUUGUAUGUUAACAACACUUGGCCAUGUAACAUCAUAGGUUUUGAGGGAAUUAAGUACAUAGACAGGAUAGUAGCAUCUAUCAUAUACUACUGCAGUUAUGCAUGAGCAAUACACAAGAUACACAAGAUGCUGGACUUUGCUUUCAUUUACAAGGUGAAUCACAGAUGUAACACUUGCGCUAUGUUUUGUAGCAUUUUCAGUUGAACUCAUAACCAAGGUACCAUAGAAAUCUUGCCAACUGUCUUUGUAACCAUGUACUUAAUUUGGAAAAAUAAAUGCAUUUGUUGCAUGACUUCCAUGGUAAUUUUCCUGUGCAGUAUUUCUUCCACGUCUUCCUUCUCUGGCGAGUGCCCGACUACAAAUUAGCAUAUGUUACAUGUUAAUAAAGAUUGCUGACGAUUCUUUAGUUUUUCUGACAUGCUCACAGCAGGGAUAACAACCUCUUGAGUUCUUGCCAAAAACGGGAUUUCUUGAAAGCCAUUUCCUUCGGGGGAAAAAAUGGAAAUGGGAAUCCACUACCUUUAAUUGUAUUUUGUGACAUUUACCCAGGUGGAGUUGACAGCCGAGCAGGUGAACUGUAGAAGCCUGGGUUGGACGACUGAUAGAGUGGUUUAAAGAUGACUCCCCCCUGUAAUAUCUGUAUGUAUAUGUUGGGAUGCUGUCAACUUGGCCUGGGGUUUAGGGACACGAGCCCCCUCCAUCAGAACAAGAGGCCUCUCCACAGGGUCAGCUGCUGGCCCUAAAGGGGCCCACUCACCCAUGACUUAAUGCCCCUGGGCUCCUUUUGUCCUCGGGGCUGUUGGUUUUACAGGCCCAUUCACUCAAUUGCCCCCCAAAUGGAGGGAGGCAAAGAACGUGACGACUUGCCUUAUGCUGAAGGAGCAGCAGUGCACACGCAUACAAACAAUGCGCACAUAAACACACGGGCACCGCAUGCACGCCAUGUCCACUUAAUCAAUCUGUCCUCCCUUCUCUCUCAUUCUUGUACAAGAGGGUCUUUUGUUCUUGUUUGACCCACACUGAGAGUUGAAAGAUGUCAGGGACCUUUUGCCUCUUAAUUGGUUAUUGGCAGCAGCCUUUCCACCUUAUGCUUCAUGCAUGUAUUUAAGGGAAGCAAUCCUUCCAUUAUAGUGACUUAUUGACACGUAGACAGAUACCUGUUGUACACAGACGUGUUGGAUUUACAAAGCUGUUUCUGUGAGAAUUUAUUUUUUUAAAGUUUGCAAUCUUUUUUGCAAUCUUUUUAUUCCAAUAUACUGUAACACUUGGCAUGCUGUGGUGUUCACAACUCCAAUUUUAUCACCCAGAACAGGUCCUGUCCCUCUGUGUCUUCUGUCACUGAUUUAACCAUUCAUGGCUCAGUAAGGUGUGGUUGUGUGUGUGUGUGUGUGUGUGUGUGUGUGUGUGUGUGUGUGUGUUUUCAUAUGUGUCUAACUUGUACACUGAAGACAUGAAACAGCCUGCAGGCGCCUGACCAAAUCUCCUCUGCCUUCCUCCUCUGAGCACACACCCAUAGGCAAGCGCACCAACUCUCUCUCUCGCUCUCUC